GCGGCAGUGACGACAAUAAUGGCGUGCUGUGCUAGCCGGUUGACAACACGCCUGUUGGGAGUUUCUGUUUCACCCGGGCCUUUCUCCGGGCGCCUCCUGGUUGCCCCAAGCAGACAUGAGAAGGCUCUCCACCCGGCGGUCUGUCACCCUCACCGGGGACGGAUAGCGGUCAGCCUGAGCUCCUGGGCUCCCGGUGGCGUGGUGACAUUGAGGGCUCUGCCAGGAGUGAAAUGCCCCCAUGGCAUCACCUGUCACUCCUUCCACUCCAGCUGCAGACUCCCAAACAAAGAGGACUUCUAUGAGAUCUUGGGUGUCACUCGCACUGCUUCACAGAAAGAGAUCAAGAAGGCUUACUAUCAGUUGGCUAAAAAGUACCAUCCAGACACAAACCCAGAUGACCCGGAGGCAAAAGAGAAGUUUGCAAAGCUGGCUGAAGCCUAUGAGGUGCUGAGCGAUGAGGUGAAGAGAAAACAGUACGACACGUACGGAGCUGCGGCCUUCGACCCGAACCGAGCUGGAGCGGGCCAGCAGCAGUACUACCGAGCGGGAGGGUCCACCGUAGACCCCGAAGAGCUCUUUAGGAAGAUUUUUGGAGAUUUUCGGGGGGCCAUGGGCUUUGGAGACUUCAGCAACUUGUUCGACCAGCCACCUGAGUAUGUGAUGGACCUCACGUUUUUCGAGGCAGCGAAGGGGGCGAGUAAGCAGCUGAGUGUGAACCUCGAAGAGGACUGCCCUCGAUGUGGCGGCAGGGGCAGCGAGCCGGGCACCCGGGUGUCUCAGUGCGGCUACUGCCACGGCUCCGGAGUGGAGUCGGUCAACACGGGACCCUUUAUGAUGCGCAGCACGUGCCGACGGUGCGGCGGGAGAGGGACCAUCAUCAUCACGCCCUGCGCGCUGUGCCGAGGGUCGGGCCAAACCAAGAGGAACCAGAGCGUGAUGGUGCCGGUGCCGGCAGGUGUGGAAAAUGGCCAGACAGUGCGCUUGGCUGUAGGGUCCAAAGAAAUCCUUAUUACAUUUAGGGUCCAGGGAAGCUCGGUAUUUAAACGGAAUGGAUUCGACAUCCACUCCGACGCUUUCAUCUCCAUAGCCCAGGCCAUCCUGGGAGGAACAGCCACAACACCGGGCCUGCAUGACACCAUCAGAAUAGCGAUCCCUUCUGGCUGUCAGAGUGAUCAGGUGAUCCGCUUACAGGGCAAAGGCAUUCGGAGGAUGAACAGCUACAGUUAUGGAGAUCAUUACGUUCACAUCAAGAUUAAAGUACCAACGAAGUUAUCUCGACGGCAGCGGUCUUUGUUGCUAAGCUACGCAGAGGAGGAGUCGGAUGUUCAGGGGUCGGUCAACGGUGUCAACCCUACAGCAGGAGGGGGCAGCAGCACCUCAGACUCCAGCACAAAGUCGACAUCUGAGGAGGAGACGCAGGACAAACAGAAGGAGGAAGGAGGCUUCUUUUCCAAGCUAAAGAAAAUGUUUAGCUAACACUCAGCUGCAGAUAGCAUGAAGGAAGAAAACAAACCUACUCCUCCUGGCUGGUCCUCCACGUCUCUUCCUGGGGAAAUGAAGCAAAGGAAAAGCUGGCUCCUGCGGCGUUUGUUGCCGUAGACACACAUACUGGUGUAUAUUUAAAAGCCGAGGUUGGAGAACCAGCAGGGUUCAUCCACACACCCUCUGACCCUUCACUACAGGCAGAGGGUGGCUGAGGAACUCAAGAUCUGCUGAAACAAAGCAGAGACAGCAGACUGUUGUCUGAGUGGAGCAGUUUGAAAGAUGGAAACAGUCAAACCAGACAAAACUCAAUGAGCAAAGAAGGCACUAACUGAUGGAAGCUGGAUAAGAAUAAACGACGUAAAUGGAUUCUAAUAA